AUUCUGAGUCUUCCAGACCCGGGGGUUGUGCUGUUUCACCAGCUUCAAUCCUUAGGCGACGUGACGCUGCCAGUGUCUUUCCUCACUCCAGCCGAGCUCUCUUUCCCCAUCCCUGACAGCUUGGUCUGCUCCCGAAAGCUCGAUCCAUUGACGAUUCCAUGAUGCCAACGAUUCCAAGGCCAUCCGCCACUGGCCAACUAGGGCCUCGAACGCGAUGAGUCAGUGGGGAUAGAGAGGAAUGAUGGAGACGGUACAGAAUUGACGUCUAUUUAUCCGCCUUGGUAAUGACCUCCACUUUCGAGCUCAACAAAAGAGACAGCUACGCCCCACGACGUCCUUCGAAACCCUUAAUCUGCAAAAGAACAUCAAUAUGUCCAUCGGAAUCGCGAUAAUCGGCAGCGGUCUCUUCGUCCAAAAUGCACACCUUCCCGCAGUGCAAGCAACCCCGCAACUCACCCUCAAAGCCGUGUAUUCUCGAUCCCUCAAGUCCGCAAAAGCUUUGAACGUCGAUGUCGCGCUCUAUUCUGACGAUGCUGGCUCCGGUAAAACCUACCACGAUUUGUUGCUCAGAGAAGACAUUCAUGGUGUUAUAAUCGCCCUUCCUAUCUUGAGUCAACCCGAAUACAUCGAAGCGGCAUUGGCGGCAGGAAAGCAUGUGCUAUCCGAGAAGCCAAUUGCUGGGGAUUUGAAGCGGGCAGAGAGUUUGAUAAAGUAUUACAAGAGCGAUAAGGUCAAGAAUAAUGCUACGUGGGCCGUGGCUGAGAAUGAUCGCUUCCUUGAAUCGUAUCAGUAUGCCAGCCAGGAGAUUUUGAAAUUGGGCAGGAUAUUGGGAUUUCGUGUGGUGGUUUCAACCUUUGUAAAGGUCGAUAACGAAUACUACAAUACCCCAUGGCGAACAAAACCCGAAUAUCAAGGAGGAUUCCUGCUUGAUGGCGGCGUCCACAGCGUUGCUGGUAUACGUCUCUUGUUGGGCGAAGCCGCGAAACCGACUGCUGUAACGGCAUACACGACUCUGCUUCAACCUCAUCUUCCUCCAGCUGAUACCAUAACUUCGAUCUGGCAAACGGCAGCUGGAGUCCCUGGUACAUUUGCUAUGUCAUUCGGUACAACCUGGAGUGGGUCCGAAUUCUCUGUAGCAUGUGAAAAUGGAAGCGUUGCCGUCACCGGCAAGAAAGUUGAGGUUAGACAGGGCCUACAGAAAGAUGGCAAUAGUACGGUGAAAGAGUUCGAAGGCGACAAUGUCAAGGCAGAGGUUAAGGCAUGGGCCGAGAGCAUUACCAAUGGCAAACCAAAUCCAUACCAGUCUCCUGAACAAGCUCUGGGCGAUUUAGAGAUCUUGGAGAAGAUGCUGAAGAGCGGAGAAGGAAAUGGAAAGACAGAGAGCUUACAGUUUCAGGUCUAGUAUAUCAAAAUUAACGAGAGGCUGCUGGAACUGCUGGAACUGUCACAAGCGCAUUGCAAGUCAAAAAGAUUCCAGCUUUGCAGUAUUCAAGUUUUGACUACUGCCCCCCACACUCACGGCUGGUAUGCAAUCACAAUGGCUCGG